AUGGAACUCCAAGAAAACCACCAACCAAGCCAAAGCUACGGCCACCAUAUUGCCCGGAAACUCAACUUCAAUGCGCCCCUUCUCACCACGCGCCGCUCCCCGGCUGCCCUCACUAUUUCUGCCGCUGCUCGGAGAUCGUCCUCGACCUCCGAUAGAGUUCCGUUUUCUUGGGAGCAAGCUCCGGGCAAGCCGAAGGAUUACGUCGAGAGAUGUGAUGCUUCCACUGAUGAUGGCGCCGCCGCCACCCCUCGCCCGACGCUUCCACCCGGAUGGUGGCGGCCACCGGUUCAAACAAAUAGCGGUGACGACGACAAUAACUCUAACAACGGUAGCUAUGUCUUGUCGGAUGUUGUGGAUGUUUUCUCAUUGUCAGAGGCAAUAGACAUAGUCGAAAAAGCUGAGAAAGCCCAUAAAUUUUCCGAUGAAUUAAAGCUAAAGCAACUAAAAUACGAAGAGGAAGAAGAAGAAGAAAGAAGUAAUAGUGGUUGUAACUAUAAGCUAUCGUCAAAUUUCAUGAUGGAGCGGUUUUUACCGGACGCAACAGCAUUGGCAGCUUCCUCAGUGUUGAAGUUGAAGUUGAACCACCAUGGAUUGUCCCCGCAGAGAGUGGCAAGACGACGACAACCAUUCUCUCCACCGGAGGGAUGUGGUCUAGAUGUUCUAUUCCCAUGGCGAACAAAGCACCAACUGUGUGGAGUAAAGAGUCCGGUAAGGCACGGUGGCCGGAGCUUGAAAUCGACAUCUUCUGCAAAACAAAAGAAACAACACUAAUUAGAUAUUUACUCACCCCCAAAUAUCCAUAGUUGUAUAAAGUUUACAAACAUAUAAUAUACAAAUUAAUGCACAACAUAAUUUUGUG